GAAUGAACGAUGAACUAACCCAAAUUUCAGGGAGAGAGAGAGAGAGAGAGAGAGAGAGAGAGAGAUGUUGAUGGUGGGGGACUUUUUUGGUCCUCAUGAGCAUCACGUCACCGACAUUUCCUAUCUAUAAAGCUUGGUCUUCCCUUUCAACAUUUUUCCGCAACAAUCACAAAGAACUUCAAUCAUUUUUACACUUACAGUGGAGAGAGAGAGAGAGAGAGAGAGAGAGAGAGAGAGAGAGAGAGAACAAAGAAAUGGGUAGAGCACCAUGCUGUGACAAGGCCAAUGUGAAGAAGGGUCCGUGGUCUCCUGAAGAAGAUGCAAAGCUUAAGGCUUAUAUUGAGAAGUAUGGUACUGGUAAUAACUGGAUUGCUCUCCCACAGAAGAUUGGGCUUAAGCGAUGUGGAAAGAGUUGCAGGCUAAGAUGGCUGAAUUAUUUGAGGCCCAACAUCAAGCAUGGGGGAUUCUCUGAGGAAGAAGACAACAUCAUAUGCAGUCUCUAUAUAAGUAUAGGGAGCAGGUGGUCCAUAAUUGCUGCACAAUUGCCUGGAAGAACCGAUAACGACAUCAAGAAUUAUUGGAACACCAGGCUAAAGAAGAAAUUGCUUGGAAGGCGCAAGAAUUCAAACAUCAAUCGCCUAUCAACAAUGAGCCAUGACCCGAAAGAUACAAAUGGGAUCGAAGAAAAAUCGUGUUCGCCGAUCCUCAGCGACUCGGCCCUUGAAAGACUUCAGCUCCACAUGCAGCUUCAAAACUCUAAUAUGUGUUUCUACAACAACGUUUCAAUGUGGCCUAAGUUGCUUCCCCUCCAAGAAAAGAUGGUUCAGAGCAUUAACCCCAUGCAGUUUUCCUCUUCUAGUACUCAACUAGGUCAAGGACAAAAGGUUGGAAUCUAUGAACAAAUAAGCAAUUUAAAUUUGGACAAUCUUAUGGAUAGUUCACUUGGCUUCAACAAUGGAAGAAAUCUACUGGACUCAACUAUUGUGCCAAGUUUAGCUGGAAUCGAACAAUCAAACGAAGGAAUUCAGACAUUCCAAGGGGAGGUCGAUGUUGGGUUUCAACCGCGGGAGGAAUCAAUAGCUGAAUUUGAUUGUUUUAAGGAAAUCGAUUGCUCAAAGAACAAUUCGAUUUGGUGGUCUAAUGAUCAGUUAGACUCGAAAUCAGCUUCCUUAAACUCUUGGGAUUCUACUUCUGUCGUUCGAUCAAAGGGGACGUACGAGGAUUAUGUACUAGGUUACAAUCUAGAGUGCUAAGGACAUCAAGUGUGGAUGUCUGAUUGUUUUGAAGCUCAUAAGAAGGGAAGAUGAAGAAGAUGGUAAUUGGUGGUGUUGUAAAUCGUGUGCAUAAUAAAAUUGUUCUGUUGUGGUUUUCUUUCC